GCUGUGCCGUUCGUUGACAAGUGGUAUUGUAGGGUAGGAAGAGAAAAGAUCACAUUACUUUGUGUCACGGGGACCUAACGAAUUUUGAAAUCAUGAAGAGGAUAUUUUGUUUUCUAGCUUUAAUCCAUGUAACAUAUAUAAAUUGCCAGAGUCUUAGUCAUAUGCCAGAUCAAAUUAAUUUAAAACGUGGAAAACACGACCAUCGAACACAUUCUAACCUCGGAUUAGGGCCCACUUUUAGUAUGAAAGACAUCAUAAGCAACAGAGGAUCAAAUGUAUAUUUUCCAUCCACAAACAACAAAUCCAAAACAAGUGAUCCACAAAGACAAGAGCAAAUGACCUCUUAUUCUCAACAAUUUUCAGGUGCACAAGGACAAGGUGUAAGACAAAAGCUUCAGCAGGCUCCAGCUGCUACAUUUGUUGGCUUCAAACAUAAGGCUAAAGAGGUUGCUUCACCUCCCGUUGGUAAGUCAAGAAUUGUUCAGGAAAGCGCGCAUAGCACCACUCCUGAGUCAUCUCUCAAAACUAAAAUUGUAAAAGCUAUUCAAGUUGGUGAACUUUCUCCAAACGCAGCUCCAGCUCCUAGCAAACCUGAGCCAAGUCAAGAAAUCUCUGGGGUAGCGCCAACAGUCAAUAACCCGCCACCAGUACCAGUGCAAAAAGCUGCUCCUGCAGCUGCCCCUUCCCCGUCUCAGCCUGAAACCCUUAUCAACGCCCAGCCAAUGGUUCCUGCAGCCCCGAAUACCAACGGCCAAGCAGCCAAUAGUGCCGCAACAUCAGGGGCAGGAACUCUGGCCAAAGCUGAUUUCUCUCAAUGGUUUGGUAACAAUGUUCCUGAGCAGUUCUCACAAAUGACCCCUGAACAAAUGUACAUGAUGUCAGAACAGGGCGCAGCGGCGAUGCUGGCCCAGGGAUUACUCGGGGCUGCUGCAUUCGGUCAGAAUCUGCCGCCACCCCAACCAGCAGCCGCCGCCGCAAACAAUCUCGUCGCUAACAAUCCAAACGCUCCCACCAAUCCUGCGGUUCCUAGCAGCGCCAAUUCCUGGAUGUCUGGUAACGCAAUGACCGCCAUGGAUCCUCUCAGUCAGUUGAAGCAGAUGAGAAACCAAAUGGUUCAACUUAGAGUCAACCAGAAAAUUGCAGAAGCCAUGAACCCUCGUGAAGCAGGCAUAGAUGUUAACCCCCUCCAAAAACCAAUCGUUUGUAAGGGCAUUGUGCCGCCAGCACCAGGGAAUGAAACAGUACAACAAAUGUUGGCCGACGGAGGCAAAGCCUCAAUGGUAGCAAUGACUUUAGGAUUAGAGUUGUCGGUGAUGGAGGGCGCCGUUCUGUGCCACAACAAACUAGCCGAGUUCCAGGCGUGCGACAUCACCCCUAGCCGUCUGAAGCGACCCUGCCAGCCUAAUAUUCCCAACGCCUGCCCCGUCGGUCAGGUCUGUAACCUCUACUCAGGAGAGUUCAGCGCCAUGUGCUGUCCGAAAACAGUCAGGGAGGCUGUCAUGUUGGAUAUGAUGGCUUAAGAAAACACAGUUCAAUUGAGACUUUCGUGAUUUCAAGACUUUGAUUCUGCCGUGAGCGGACAUCCCUUGCGUAUACCGAAGCUAUGCGUGAUGCUUCCGGGCCAAACCCCUGUAUAGUUAUAGUAUAAUGCAUGAUGUGUUCCUGUGUUACUUGAGAAAUGACAAUUGAUGUGAAAACCAGGAAAUUAUUUAUACCUUUACAUGUUUCACUUGUUUUUAUACUGCGAAUAUCAGUUUUAAAGACAUCGAUUACUAAUGUGUGCAUCUUUGUUGUUGUUUCUAAUUCAUAUCACUCCAGUUUAUAUGUUUUAAUGAAUUAAUAAAAGAGUAAACAUUGAU